AUGGGUAUGAAGAUUAGUGUCGUGACACCUCCAAGAGAAGAAGGCAACGUGGACAUUUUGAAGUCUGGCCGCUACUACAUUCUGAUACUGGGACGUGGGAGAAUCUCCCUGACUUGGGAUCAAAACAUGGGAAUUACUGUCAUCUUGAAAGAAAACUACAAACUCUCCCAAGGGCAGGACUUGGCGUCUUCAUUGUGCAACGGUAACGUCGCAAAACAGGUGAUGGUAGAGACAUCGUGCAGUAUCUUGAGCAGCGAUCUCUUCAAAGAAUGCAAAAAACUGGUGGAUCCUGAGCCCUAUGUGGAAAUCUGCACGUACGACACCUGCGUUUGUGAGACCAUUGGGGACUGUGCCUGUUUCUGUGAUGCUAUUGCUGCUUACGCCCACGCGUGUGCCCAGAAAGGAGCUGUGAUCAACUGGAGGUCUCCAACUCUAUGCCGAAAAAUUCUUGAUGAGCUUUCCGAGUCGUGUAUCAAACUCGAGGAAUGUCCGGUGUGCGAAGCAGAAGGACGCAGGAUUCUUCACGGGAAAAAGAUCAUUUUGAACUCGGAGAAUCCCCAGAACUGCCAAUCCUGCCGUUGCAAAGUACGGAACCUGACAUGCCGCCCGUGUGAUCCAGAAGAGGUUGGCAAAUUCUUGACCACUGCUAGCCCAGAGGAAGAAGAGGAAGAAGGAGAGGAGGAAGAGGAGGAAGAACCUACACGUCAAUAUUCCUGUAGCAAAAUGAUGGACCUGGCCAUCUUAAUGGAUGGUUCUAAUAAGCUUUCUGAGAGCGAUUUUGAAGAGAUGAAAAACUUCAUCAUUAACAUGAUGGGAAAACUCCAAAUCUCCCAAAAACGGAUCCGCUUGGCAGUUCUGGAAUAUCGUACCGGUUCACACAUUUACCUUGGCCUAAAGGACAUUAAGAAGCCAAGUAAAAUGAGGAAGAUUGUGCAAAGUAUAAAAUACACGGGUGGGGACGUAGCCUCUGCCACUGAGAUACUCAAAUACGUUGUGUUCCACGUGUACGGCAAGGCGCCACGGACAAACGCCGCUCAAAUUGCUGUGCUGUUGAUGGCAAGCAAGGACCCCAAGAGAAUUCAGGGGAUCUUCCCGCUGCUGAAAAGAAGAAACAUUAUUGUGAUACCCAUCGGCCUUGGGCCUCAUGUGAACACUCAGCAAAUUAGGCUAAUCGAACGGCAGUCGCCAGAAAACAGAGCUUUCCUCAUGAACAACGUCCUUGAGUUGAGGCAACGCACGGAUGAAAUCAUCGAUUACUUCUGUGGCCUUGUGCCUGAAGCCAGUGUUUUCCUUUCCACCCAACGCCCAAUCCCGACUCUUCCCAGUGUGGAAGCAAGGACACACUUUCCUCACGGUUUUCCAGGGGCGCCUCCGACGGAGGUCUCGAUUUCAAUCGAGAAGAUCCUUGACAUUGUCUUUUUGAUUGAAGGCUCCCGCGAAGUCGGCAAGAGCAAUUUUGACACCAUCAAAGAGUUUCUCAUCCGUACCAUCCAGGAGUUGGAAGUGGGAGAAGAAACCGUCCACAUUAGCAUCCUCCAGUAUUCCUUCACCAUCACCGUGGAGCAUUCUUUCGAGGAACGUCAAUCCAAGGAAUUCCUGAUUAAGAAGGUGCGGGAGAUGAAAUUCCAGGGAGGAAACGCGACCAACACUGGACAGGCGCUCAACUACGUCUCCGAACAGUCAUUUACCACCAAGAGAAGAACAGAUCAAGUGCCGCACUUGGUUUACAUGGUCACUGCAAAUCCUGCCACGGAUACCAUCACCCGCCCGCCCAGGGACGUCCAUGUGAUUCCUAUUGGCAUAAGGCCUAACGCAGACAUCAAGGAACUGCAAGAUUUAAGUCAGCCACAGGCCCCUAUUAUCAUCGAAGGCUUUAACAACCUCAUCCGGGAAGGGCCUGAUCUGAUAUUCAAAACCUGCUGCUCAAAGAAAGAAACUUGCGCCAAGCCGAUGGAUGUGAUAUUUCUUCUGGAUGGAACCUCAGAAGUUGAAGCAGCUCAGUUCGAGGAAAUGAAGCGUUUUGUGAAAGGAUUUAUUGAACACGCUGGCCUGGGUCGUUCUUCCACUCAAGUUGCAGUCCUUCAAUAUGGAAAAGUGAACUCUCUGGAAAUUUCAUGGAACGUUGUCCAGGAAGAAUCAAACCUUCUGAAAAAAGUGGACUCCAUUUAUCAAAGAGAGAAAGGCCCAAGCAAGCUAGGGGAAGCAAUAGACUUCAUGGUCCAGCAUGCCAUUUCCGAAGCCAACGGAGGACGACCCAAUGCAUCCAAAACGGCUGUGAUCAUUGUGGCAGACACCUCAAAAGAUGCUGUGGAAGCGGCUGUGAAUUCUGCCAGAGCCAAUAGAGUUUCACUGCUUCCCAUUGGCGUUGGCACCAAAUAUAAUGCGGAACAAUUGAAAGCUUUAGUGGGGCCAUCUGCUAAAGACACCAUCAUCAAGUUGCAACAUUUUGAAGACCUUUCUACAAUGAUCACGGUGGGGGAUGAAUUUAUGAAGAAGCUUUGCACAGAGGCCGCUCAGGAGUGCAUAGAUGAAGAGGGCAAUAUCAGAGCACCUGGUGAUAAGUGGCAGUUGCUGGAUGAGUGUUAUAGUGUGACCUGCUUACAAGGCGGCCACACAGAACUGAAAAGCCACCGACAUCCAUGCGAGAGGAUGGCCAAGCCGACGUGCCACAACAAUUUCCCUGCUGUUAAAGUAGAGGAAACCUGCGGCUGCCGUUGGGUGUGUCCUU